UAGGCUUCUCCCUACAUUGUUAACAAGUACAGGAUACACCCAUUCUGUCAAGACUAAAUCUACCUGUCAGUCAAACAAUUUAUAAUUUAAAAAUGACAAACCCGAUUUUAUAGUUGCCACAAGGUGUCGCUAAAUAAACAGCACACUGGCUUUGUUAAAAAAAAAAUCUCAAACCUAUCCAAUUUGUGAAUGUUUAAAUCAUCUCAAAUAUAAAGCUCAGGCUGGACUUACUUGCUUCAUCACAUAUAGUUUUGACUGUAUUACAUUUACUUGUAGAAUAUAAUCUGGUUGUUUUAAUUAUUGUAGUGUGGUGUUUAUAUUAAAUAACAAACACAAAAAGUUUAUUCUGUGGAGUCCAGCCAGCUUCUAUGCAUGUAACAGUUAUUUUAAAUAACCAAAUGUGUAAUUAGUUGGAUUGUUUAUAGUUUAUUGAAAACACAAUGACAUAUGAUCCCAAAUUUUAAUGGUUUCCAUUUAUGGAUACCAUGUAAACCAGUACCAGAUUACCACUUAAACAAGGACAAAAUUUAAAUUUUGUGUAGUGUGUUUUGGGUCUUACUGUAGGAAUGUAGUUUUUACUUAAGUCUUAUAAUAAAUACUACACAGUAUAGUUUUUUUAAAGUAUAUUAUAGUGGGUUUAUUAUGUGGGUAUAGAAAAACAACGGUUAAGUUAAAAGAUUUUGGUCACACUACACAGUGUUAUUAUCAGGUAGUUAUUAAACAGUAAUAAUGAAUUACUUAAGUACUUAUGCUGCAAUUAUUGUGUAAUUACAGACAACAGUAAUUAAAUGUGUAACAUGUAGCCUUCACUGUACAACUUAAUGCACAAUUAAACAUGUCAAGUAACGGCUCUCUGAGAGAAGAGAUGAACUUUUUUAGGUGUCACACAUGAAACUCCCAUGUGGCCUUUGUGCUUGAAGUCGGCAUGAGUCACGCAACUCCACUUGAAUAGUUUUUUUCUUUUCUUUAUUUUACACAUUAAAAGUGAGUCAAAGCGCCUUACCUCUUAAACACAGAGACGUCCAACCGCCCCAUUAAUUUCAGAGAAGCGCUGCGGGGCAGAAUCGCGCACAGGCGUCGCGCGCUCAGCACGACAUGCUCUCCGCCGGGACCGGAGCAGAAAGACAGGCCAAAAAACCACUGAUCUCGGAACAGUGCUGUCAUUAACUGAGUGAUAUAUACAGGCGCAAACAUGCCAGCAUUCCGCUGUUGGGGAAAGCGAAGAAAAUAACGACGCACGGCUGAUCUGUCUUUAAUAUUCAUUUAUGUUCCACAUGAGGGAAGUUAAGAUUGGAGAAAGCAUUUGUGUAUUCGUAUUGCUUUUUUCCGGGCUUGUGACGUGCUCAGGUGUUUUUGGAAGCCCUUUGACAGAUGAUGUGGCAACCCUGGGGACUUUGAGUGAGAACAUUCCCAAUGAUUACAGGAUACCUCUCAAUUUCAUCUCCAAAGACGUGGGUGGAGCUUGCUGGCUACAUCUUAAUCUGUAUCCAGUUGAAAGCAGUUUAAAAACAUUAGCCUUCAAGUUUGGCAACCUAUCCACCAACAGAGCAAACACCACCAUUUUUAUUACAAUGCUGCAGGGCUUUCGCUUUACCCUGGAUAAUGAGGAGCUGGAGGUAACAAUGCAAACAUUUAAGUGUCACUACAGACGAGUAAAGUGGCCAACUAAACGAUACUUUGCCCAUGUUAAAGAGGUUCUUACUGCAGCUGGAUCCACGCUUGGCCAGAUUCAUCACUGCACUCCACCACCUUGUCGGACCCCCGUAGCCCCUCCUUUCACACCUGGCAAACGCAAACAGCAGGAUGGCCUUAAUGGAGCAAUUCAGGGGCUCCUGACACUACUCAUCAUCCCCAGUAUGGUGGCUCUGGUUCUGAUCAUCAAAAUGGUAUUCAGAAGAAGCUGUUGCUCACAAAGAAGGCCUGAAAUGACAGAUCCCUCUGAAAAUGGCAGUUUACAUGAGCCUCAUGACGGAGCUGCAGAAAGCAGCCUUCGGCCCCAGAGUGGAGACUUGCACCUUUUGCUUGAGCCUCUCGACGCAGCUGCACGAGGAGACCCUGUCUCCAGCACCCACAUUCAGCAGGACAGGGUGUGGCCGGAUUCUUUAGGGUGUGCAGACACAGAAGUUUAAUCUUAAAAACGCACGAGGGAAUCAACAGAAAAGGCAGUAUUUUGGGCGAGAUGUCCGGGUUUAUGAAGCAGACAAUGAAGGGAAUAGAACAUUCACACUCAUGCCAAAGGGCAAAGGACAACGCUACAAAGAGACGUUUUUCUAGACUCAUUAAGCCGUACCUGUUCACCACAAAAACACUUAGUGGAAGUGAGAAACCACAACUUGCGCUGAACUUAACCAAUCAAUGAGAGUCCGCUGCUCCGGGAUGCCUAAGGAGUGGCCAUGGGAAAAUCUUUAUGAUGUCAUCCGACAGGAAGUGGGGUCCUUUGAUGAGCCCGUUGAGUGGAAGAGAGGCGGCUGCUGUUGUGCCCGCGGCGGGUCUUUGGCUUUGAGGAGGGCCGCUGGACCGACAGACCUCGGCAUGUGGAACAAAUGGCUUUUUUGUCGCAGAUCUCCAUUGCAUGAUGAUGCUGGUUUACGUUGCAUCAAAAACGUCCAUUGAACAGAGCACUUGCUUGUCUAGAAAUGCGUUUGAUUUAUAGUGUGUAUUUUUGAUGUUUUACAACUCGCUUAAUGACCUUUAUCCCAAUGGAGGGGUAACCUUGGGCCUUAGAUGGUAUUGAGACAUGAUCUUCAUUAGAUGGUAGGAAUCUUACAUGGUUCGUAUAUAUUAGCACUAGGAUUUGGUAUGGUUCAAAACUCCCUUAUGUUUUAUUUUGAAUCCUGUUAUUGCCGUCUAUUGUCUAACGCAGUGCUACCCAAUCCUUGUCCUCGAGGCCCCCCUCCCAGAACAUUUUAGAUGUCUCCUUAUUUAACACACUUGAUUUAACUCAUCAGCUUGUUAGGGAAACAUGUUUACCAUUUUUGAAAGAGGCUGAUAAGUUAAAUCAGGUGUUUUAAAUAAGGAGACAUCUAAAACUUUCUGGCAGGGGGGCUUUGAGGACCAGGAUUGGGAAGCACUGGUCUAACAUACAGUGUACCUGCCGAGUGAAGGAUCCAAAAGUCUGAUUAAAAUGACUAAUUUUAACAUUUUUUGAAAUAAAUAACCAUGAUAUUGAAAAGUCAAGUUUAAUGUGAAAUCAAUCAAACUUUGAUGCUCAUAAUCGCAUAAGACUUUAGCCUAGAUGUCACAGAUAAUGUCACAAUUUUUUUUUAUAAUUUUUUUUUAAAAAUGAAGCAACAUUAUGACGUGAAAUAAGAUAGAUAACAAAUAUAUGUGGUGAGUUAAGAAAUAUGUGAAAUUCUUAACAAGUUAUCUAGGUCACAAAUCAAAUGUAAGCAAGUUUGUGACACUACCCAGGUUAACUUAUUUGUACUAAAGGGCAAAUUUCUUCCAGCACUAUGCUAAGAUGCUAUGUGAAACAUUCUCAAGUCAUGCUGGAAUAACAUGGCUCAUCAGGUUUUGAGUAAAUGUAAGGCCAUUCGAGUGCAUGUUGUCAUGAAAACAAAUGCAUUCUUAAAGCAUAUAUUUCUCAUCCAUCUCUUUAUUAAAAUUGUUUGGUGAAAAUAUAAUAAUAAAAAAUAACAUAAGAAAAGUGGAAGUAUUACCGACAGUGGUAUUAGACUUUUGGACCACGCUGUACAGUAGAGUUAUGCUCUCUCAUAAACAAAGAUUUAGACUCAGGGAAUCAGACAUACUGCAUCUGAGAAUAGUCUGUAAUUAGGUCACUGGUCCAUGCGUGUUUCCAACCACAUUUAUUUCCUCAGUUUGACCGUGCACAUGGAUAAAAACAUGCUCACACACUCACAACAAGAGCGGAUUGUUUUCUCGAUAAUCGGGAGAGAUCCAGAGAGCAUGAGAAAGGAGCGUGCAUGAUAAAUGUUACACCAAAAUGACUCAUGGCCCAUAAUUUAAUUUUACAUAGUCUAGCAUCUCUCCAUGUGUCUGUUGCUCUUCUCACUGUAGCUUAAUAAGAUUUGGGUCAUGACAUUAAGUCUAUUGGAUGGGCUAAGUAAACAUGUCAGAAUAGGAAUAACUUUAUCCUUUAAAUUUUUGGAUGAAGGCAUUGUUCAUCCAAAAAUGAAAUUUUGUCAUAAUUUAUUUACACUUAUUUUGGAAAAAAAACCUUUACCUUUGUUUUACAUUUAAAACUAUCUUAGGCAAAUCAUUUCACAAUUCUAGUUGUAAAAUGAUACAUAAAUAAGACAAUUUGUUUGGACAGUUUUUGGUUUGUUGGCAUUAGUCAAGCAUGUCUAUAGAUUAUGUGAUUAAUAUGUGGACAUUUGAAUUUAAGGGUUUUCUGUAAAUUGAAAUAAGGUUAAACAAUUUAGAUUGUAUGAACAAAUUAUGUUGGGUUGGCCGUGGUCACAAUAUUCUUGUGUUUUAUCAGUUUUGAUUCCCAUAGAAGAACGUCAUUCAAUUUGGUUUUUCAGAGAUUUGUGGGUUUUAUUCCAAUCCAACCCAAUCGACACCUCUCUGCCUCUUUUUAAAUGUUUUUGGGUCCCUUGCUCAGUGUUUCCAGCAAAUUCCCCGUUGACUCAGUCUGAGAGCAUCUUUCUCUUAUUGUUCCUGACUGGAUUCAGGUAGUGGCAGUGGAAAUCCUCUCUAUGUUAAUUUCUCUUUGUCUCGAUCAAUGCCUGCCCUGUCAACUGUUGUCGAAAAGCAUGACUGCCAACUCACAACCGCAUGAGGUCAGUAAUGUCAGCCUGGAUAUCAUCAACCGUACAGCUACCUUAACAAAGACCCCUCUCAUGUGGACAGACAGCUCCUCUUUAUUAGUGAUAAAGAGUGUCGUCCAUCAUACUUCAGUCAAAGCCCACUCUUGACUAGCCGACGCACACACAGACACAUUCACACGCUAAAGCAUCGUCCCACUUGCUCUCUGUGUCAUUAACAUCAUCUCUUGACUCAUAAAGCAACUAACAUGAUGAGUAAUGAAACAUCUUCAAAAUCAGCAGAACAGCAAACAGAGACUUUUUCUAAAAUUGGAAAGUCCAUGGCACGAAAGCAGAGGAUGACUAAUUGUUUGUUUGCACAUGUGGCACAAAAGCAUACACACUUUUCUUUGUUUAUUGUUGUUUAGUAAUAAUCCUAAAUU